AUGAAAAAGUUGCCGAUCAUUGCGAGCCGUCUUCUCACGAUGAUGAACGGUCGCGCCGUCCGUUCCGUACUGAUACGAAGUAAUCGAGGAGAAAACGGAUCUGUUGAACAUGUCCCUCGAUCAGUACAGUUUGACGAGAGUUCGGAAGAGUAUCGCUGCCUGUGCAACUGCUUCCACGUGAAGAUCGGUGCUUACCUCAUCGGCGCUGUUCACGUCUUUAUGAUCCUGUUUUUCCUGAUUCACUCUCUUCUUGUGUACUUCCAGCAUGAUGGCAGAUUACAAGACGCUCGAGGAGUUAAAGAAAACUACGUUUUUGCGUCGUUCCUUGCCGAGAUGAUUGGCUUGGGGCUUGGAGCACUCGUCGUUUUUCUCCUAUUCAUUGGUCUUUCACGAAAUCAGGCAUUGCUACUUAUUCCGCAUAUCGUCAUGCAGGUUAUUGCGAUAAUAUGCUUCGCCUUGGUGUUGGUCAGUGGAUUGGUAGCGAUAACGACCGAUUCAGCCGUUUUCUACAGGCUGAUCAACGCGGCUCCAUUCAUGGAACAUCCGGUCCACAACACAGUCGCUUUGGAUGCAGGCACCAUGGUACGUAUCUAUUCAAUUCUGAUAGUCUAUGCGCUUUCCUUAUUACUCGAAGUGUGGUUCGUCAUUGUGAUCUACAACUGUAAUCGGUACUUGGACGAGCGAAGUACCUACAUGAAAUAUUGUCUUGCCUUCAGCACUCCAAUGAAAACAUUGUCGACUAGGUGA